UUUGCAAAGCGUCCUAAGCUGACGUCAGCCCGGUACCGAUGAACAACCGGUAGUGUUGAAGGGAGCUGUAUGGUCGCCCGUUGUUUGUAGCUUUGUUCGCUAAUCCCCCCCUGUCCAGUCAAACGUGCAAACAUCAUGCCUUUCGAUGUUAGGAGAUUUGAUAUCUACAGGAAAGUGCCAAAAGACCUCACCCAGCCAACUUACACAGGAGCUUUCAUUUCCAUUCUCUGCUGCGUCUUCAUAAUCUUCCUGUUCCUGUCCGAGCUGACGGGAUUCAUAGCCACUGAAAUUGUCAAUGAACUGUAUGUGGACGACCCUGACAAAGACAGUGGUGGGAAGAUAGAUGUGAGUUUAAACAUCAGUUUGCCAAACUUGCACUGUGAUUUGGUGGGUUUGGACAUCCAAGAUGAGAUGGGCCGCCACGAGGUCGGUCACAUCGACAACUCGAUGAAGGUUCCUCUCAACCAGGGGGACGGUUGUCGCUUCGAGGGAGUGUUCACCAUCAAUAAAGUACCAGGAAACUUCCACGUGUCGACGCACAGCGCCACAGCGCAGCCCCAGAACCCUGACAUGACUCACAUCAUCCACAAGCUGGCAUUUGGAGAAAAGCUCCAGGUACAGAAAGUCCAAGGAGCCUUUAACGCUUUAGGAGGGGCCGACAGGCUGGCAUCUAAUCCUCUGGCCUCACAUGACUACAUACUGAAGAUUGUACCAACUGUAUACGAAGACCUGUCAGGCAGACAGAGGUUCUCCUACCAGUACACAGUAGCCAACAAGGAGUACGUUGCUUACAGCCACACGGGCAGAAUUAUCCCAGCAAUCUGGUUCAGAUACGACCUCAGCCCGAUCACAGUCAAGUACACAGAGAGGAGGCAGCCAUUCUACCGCUUCAUCACAACAAUUUGUGCCAUUGUUGGAGGGACGUUCACGGUCGCGGGAAUCAUCGACUCGUGUAUAUUUACUGCUUCAGAGGCCUGGAAGAAGAUCCAGAUAGGAAAAAUGUCAUGAGGACUGCUUCCCACCUCCCUCCUCGCAUCUUAUUUAUAAGUGCAAAGUUGCUAGCCUGUUAGCUAAAUCCAGUCCAGCUCCAAAUGACUUCCUCGGGGAGAUCGUAUCACCGUGACCACUGAAGAGUCUCUGGCACCCGAUAUAACUACCAGGCUACACGGCUGCGUGUCUUUUACUGAAGAUCCUUUCAGGCUCCAUCUGCUCUGGUGACGUGUGGACGCUGACUAUCACAUGUCCGCUUCCUCCGUCUUCACUGUCAGGAGAGGAGAGGGAAUCUCUUUUGUUACCGUUUGGAUGAAUUCUUACUUAAGUACUGUGUGUCAAGAUUCAACCAGCUGCAGCUGAUAGUUUUAAAAUGAAGUUGGAAGAGAAAAAAAAGGCAGAUUUCCAAAAUUUGGUGCUAGCACGUUAUCUCCCAAAUCAUUUUUAAUUAAUCCCUGAAUUAUUGACAGAUAAUUGAGCCUGUAAAUGAGGUCAAGAAAAGAUCAUCUGUUAGUAUAUCAGUUUCACUGCACUAUGUUGGGUUCCUCAAAACUCUAAAAAAACAGCGAUUAAUUGAAGGAAGUGUUGGGUUUAUAAACCUUGAAUCGACUGAACUGAAAUCUAAAGUGUUUCCUGUCACUGAACUGCCUGUAGAAGUGCAUUUUGCACCGUGCUACAGUCAGUCUGUCUAGUAUUCAAGCCGCGUGCCUUUAGAUUUACUGAUUAUCAUCAGCUCUCAUUUGUUUGACGCCCUCUUUCAGUGGCUGCCACGAAACCCGGUAUCUUCAGUGUGCUCUUCAUGCAUGUUUCAGUUUAAAGUGUUUACAGUUUAUUUUCGCCUUUUUUUUUCUUUCCAUAACAUGGAUCAAUCGGUUCAUUCCAUAUAUACCCAAUAUUUUACAAUUAAAUGUCUCCAGUUUUAACUUGAGAAAUAAGGUGAAGGUUUAGUUUGUUUGAUUUAUUUACACGGUACAUGGUACCGUUUUUUUGAUUUUCAUAAAGUUGUAAGUUGUGAUGAAGGUUUGAUUUUUGUACGGGGAGAACUAUUUUGACCAAUAUUUUGUUUUAAUUCUGUGGUUAACUCUCCCUCUGCUCAAGUACAGUGAUAAUCAGGAGAACCAGUUUUUCUACUCCAAAGGUCAUUCAUUUCUUGUUCCGUCUCACGUUGCCCUGUAGUUACCCUUGAGUAAAAGGUACUGUAGAGGUU